AUGAGAGCAGUGGUGAGUGGUAAUGGUGACUGUCACAAAAGAGGUAACAAUAGUGGGAGUAACAAUAGUGGGAGUAACAGUAGUGGGAGUAACAAUAGUGGGAGUAACAAUAGUGGGAGUAACAAUAGUGGGAGUAACAAUAGUGGGAGUAACAAUAGUGGGAGUAACAAUAGUGGGAGUAACAAUAGUGGGAGUAACAAUAGUAGGAGUAACAAUAGUAGGAGUAACAAUAGUGGGAGUAACAAUAGUAGGAGUAACUGUAGUGGGAGUAACAAUAGUGGGAGUAACAAUAGUGGGAGUAACAAUAGUGGGAGUAACAAUAGUGGCAAUAGUAGGAGUAACAAUAUUGGGAGUAACAAUAGUGGGAGUAACAAUAGUGGGAGUAACAAUAGUAGGAGUAACAAUAGUGGGAGUAACAAUAGUGGGAGUAACAAUAGUAGGAGUAACAAUAGUGGGAGUAACAAUAGUGGGAGUAACAGUAGGAGUAACAAAAGUGGGAGUAACAAUAGUGGGAGUAACAAUAGUGGGAGUAACAAUAAUGGGAGUAACAAUAGUGGGAGUAACAAUAGUAGGAGUAACAAUAGUAGGAGUAACAAUAGUGGGAGAAACAAUAGUGGGAGUAACAAUAGUAGGAGUAACAAUAGUGGGAGAAACAAUAGUGGGAAUAACAAUAGUGGGAGUAACAAUAGUAGGAGUAACAAUAGUGGGAGUAACAAUAGUGGGAGUAACAAUAGUGGGAGUAACAAUAGUAGGAGUAACAAUAGUGGGAGUAACAAUAGUAGGAGUAACAAUAUUGGGAGUAACAAUAGUAGGAGUAACAAUAGUGGGAGUAACAGUAGGAGUAACAAAAGUGGGACUAACAAUAGUGGGAGUAACAAUAGUGGGAGUAACAAUAGUGGCAGUAAAAAUAGUGGGAGUAACAAUAGCGGGAGUAACAAUAGUGGUAGUAACAAUAGUGGAAGUAAUAAUAGUAGGAGUAACAAUAGUGGGAGAAACAAUAGUGGGAGAAACAAUAGUGGGAGAAACAAUAGUGAGAGUAACAAUAGUAGGAGUAACAAUAGUGGGAAUAACAAUAGUGGGAGUAACAAUAGUGGGAGUAACAAUAUUGGGAGUAACAAUAUUGGGAGUAACAAUAUUGGGAGUAACAAUAGUGGGAGUAACAAUAGUGGGAGUAACAAUAGUGGGAGUAACAAUAGUGGGAGUAACAAUAGUGGGAGUAACAAUAGUGGGAGUAACAAUAGUGGGAGUAACAAUAGUGGGAGUAACAAUAUUAGGA